UCUCUCUCUUAAUGCCAUUUAUGUCUGUCAAAGGGUGCUUUCCGUGUUGCCAAGAGGCACUUUGCUGGGAUCCUUGGGGAGAAGUGGCAUCAUGAAGGGUAAGUUGAGUCAUCUAUUCAUGCCGUUGGUCAUGGUGGUUUAUAGCUGGGAGCUGCUGCAAAUCAAAUCCUCUCCAAAUCCUCUAUACUAACGGUCUGAUUAGCAGCCUCUUGGCUCCGUGAGGUUCACUUUACGUUAUAUGAGCUGUGCUGUGCUGGUUUAUGCUGGGUCACAAGCCGUCUCUGUCCACAUACAGAAAGGUGCUAUGCUAGUAACUCUUCGCUGUCCACAUACAGAAAGGUGCUAUGCUAGGAACUCUUCUCUGUCCACAUACAGAAAGGUGCUAUGCUAGGAACUCUUCGCUGUUGGUUAACCAGGGAUGUUAAAGGGCUAUUGCAUGGGAAGAUGCAACUGCUGAAGGAUCUUCACAAAAUCUUUUAUAAAAUUGUUUCUUUAUUAAAUGAUUUCUCUUAUGUUUUCGGCACAGACUUGUUAAGUGCUGUAUAGUUGACACAGUAUAUGAUAAAUAAUAUCAACUACUUAAAUCCAUUUAUUAAAACAGUUUAUCAACAAGAUGUUAAGGUUCACACAGAAUACAGAUGGUAUGCAUUGAAAACUUCAAAGAAUGAUUUAAAUAAUGCUACUGAGUCAUUUAUACUAUACAAACAAUAAUACAGUUUGUGUGGACAUGGGUGGGUUGGUAUUCGUCUAGUGGUGUUUCCAGAGACCAAAGCAUUUUCAGCACAAAUAAGGCCAUGAGAUUGGAAUGACAUAUGUGGUUAGCAGUAUCCAAGGCAGAAUGUUCUCAUUUUACCACCAGGUGUCACAUUAACACAACAUUACAUCGCGUCAGCAGGGGUUGAGCGCACUCUUGUCAAUAUUCCUCCACAAAACAAUCAAUGGCAUCCAUUCUGUCAGCUUUAUUCAAUGUUUGUGUAAGUGUACACAACCUUCCAGUAUCAGUCUCUGUUCUGUUAUUAUGUAGCCUGUUCUAAAGACCCUUUCACCAGAUGGAAAAGGUGGGCAGGGCUGGUGUGUGCUUAAUAAGGUGGAAGGGCUGCCUAUGGAAUGCUUAUGAAGGGAUCAUACUUCCUCUCUCCACCUGGGGGCGCUGUUUACAGUAAUCGCUGUCUGUAGUAAUGUGGUGGUCAAAAUGUGCUUAUGUAUCUAUAAUCAUGUGAUCAUACUAGUAACUAACUUUUUCAAGGAUUCUUUCCAUGAUUUUUUUUUCUUGUGAUGUGUUCUCACAUUGGCUUGGCACUCCUCCAGAUUCAAACACAAAUAUUCCUCCUCUUCCCUUCUCACUUUAUUCUCUACUCUGUUGUUCAGAAUCAGAAUCAGGCUGGCUGCUCAGGCCAGAUAACCUUGAGAAAUCACUUCUUUCUUUUUUAUUAACCUUGAGAAAUCACAUUUGUUGAACGGUCAAGUAGCACAACACAGACUCCAAUUGAUUAUUUUGAAAUGUCCCGCGUUAGCUCAGGCUGAUCCUUGCUGACUGGAGUAAAUGACUCUAAUGGCUCAGGCCAUUCUGCCUGGAGUGGGAGCGACUGAUCAGACCAGUUUGGUGACUUGUUGUUGAUUGGUCUACGGUGGUGGAACGGAAUUGGGUGUGCCUGAUGCCGUGGUUUUGGUAUGGAGCAGAACUGGUUAAGGAUGUAGAAGUCUCACAGACAGGGACGAACUUGCAUUGUGUGAGUGUGAGUGAAGGUGCCGGCUGGGGCUGGAGGAUCUGUUUUGUUUUGUCCCAGUUUUUUAUUUGUAGCUCGGAUAUAUAUUUUCAAUCAUUCAAGUGGUGAGUCAGUUCAUCUUUAAUCUGUCAAUUCUACAUUUUGGAACUAAGUGAUCAAUUGUUUUAUGAUUGCCUAGAAGUGUUUGUCAAAGUAGCGCUGUGAUUUGUGUACUUUCUAUUGAUAAUUUAUCUGGCAUGUGUAGCUCACCAUAUCAGGCCUGGUAAGGAAUAGAUCAGACCAAGUUGGAUGUUUGUAGUCAAUAUAUGCAGUAGUCCAUCACUAUUUCUGAAGGUAAAGCUGUAACACUGCCUAAAUAUAAAGAGUUUGAACAUGAUAUUUAAACUUAACAUGACAUGACAUUUAAACUUAACAUGACAUGACAUUUAUACUUUGCUGGCCACAGAAAAAGAGCCUGGUACAAACUGGGCACAGUGUUUCACUAGAGAUAUUAAUGCAGAAUUAAGUAUAUUAUGUGAUUAAGCAGUACAAAUGCACACAUGUGUCAUGUCAAUAAAGCUUUUGAAAUUGAAUUAGAAAUUAAACUGGAUUUAGUCUGUAGCCAGACUAAUGAAAAAAAAGAUUAAAAGUAAAAUCUUUAGAACAUUACUUUAUAAAGAAAAAUGAAGACCAUUCUACAAGAGUGGUGUUGUUGUUUUUAACUUGUACACAUUUGAUAAAGAAUUGUAUAUACUUUAUAAAUAUUCUCUACCACCUUUACAUUUCUGUAGAAAUACAAUCAUGAAUGGUGAUGGACUUUUAGUAUUGUGAUUGUGAGGACAGUGAUGAAUGGAUUAGCUGGUAUGAUGACAGUCGGACUGUGGAAAGGAACUGAUGUGUAGACGUUGUGGUUUUAUUUUUCUUCUGGUCCAUGGCAGAUUGGCAGAGUGGCAGAAGCCUGAAACUGAUUUAGAUAAUCCUCCCCCCCCAAUCCGAUACUACGAAUACCCAAAACCAGGACCAGGUCUCCCCCUCCUCCCUGCUCUCUGUCUCCUCCCCGUCUAGUGUCCCCUCAGACUCCUUCGAUAUGUUCUCCACCACACCUGAAAGAAACAGCAGCGCCAUGUUUCCACCUGGACCUCGUGGCGCAGAUGAACAAUAUAGACUUACUGCUCCAGUGGACCCCCGACAUGGACGUGCUUCCCCUGGAGCCACAGCUUCCUCCGGUGUCCAUCUGAGCUCCGUAAAAGAAUCCGGCCAAGGGGCGGGCGUAGAGAGGGCAGGGUAUCAGCAUGCCCAAAUGCCCGCUUUGCCGCUGCCCGAUUACGAAUCUCUGUUUCCAAAGAAGAGGCAUGGAAUUAUGGGCCAGACUCGCUGGGAUCACAUCAUAGCCGAGGUGAAUCAGAGGCGAUUGGAGCGAGCUGCCGACAUGAGCGGGCCAGAGAUGAGUGUCGAUGGUCCUGUUGUAGAGCGUCCAGUUCUUCUAGAAACUCCUGUCCGUAAGGGGAAGUCCGCUGCAAACAUGAGUCAAAGCCCCCUGAGACGGGAGGAAGCCCGGCAGGAAAGGUCUGGAGCAACGACGGGGUCUGGUGCCAAACAAGCUCUUCAUAGCUCUGGAGCAACGACAGGGUCGGGUGCCAAACAAGCUCUUCAGCCUCCCAAGCCAACUGCUGCAGCUACACCAAGACAACAGGUUGAAAAAGAGACACUUGUUGCCAAACCUAGACAGGGUAAUGAGAGAAAUGUGGUCAGCGUAGAGCACAGGCUGCCUCAAGAACCUCCUGUACCUGCAGUCCGCGGCACACAGAUUAAUAAUAAUAAUUCAGACAGAAAAUCAGCAGAUGUCUUAAAGGCUGACAAACAGCUGCCCUCAGUCAAACCCAGGCAAAAAACGCCAGCCAAAGAAGCAAUGAAGAAUGUCCAACCUGAAGCACACCACGAUAGGAACACGGACAGUUUUCAGUCGAGAGACCAUUGGAACAUCCCACAGCCGAACACGGGUCAAAAUGACCUUUUCUCAAGAGGUACGAAGAAGCAAAUCGAUAUAGAGGAGCUGGGUGUGACUGCAGAGGAUAUUGACCACAUAUUUGAAUCGCAUCGUUCGAUAGAUACAUUUUCCAAUAUUUCUCAGAGUGACACUGGUGAGUCUACAGAGCAAGAGCCGGACAAACCCGUGGAAAUCAUCCCAGAAACGUUCUCAAAGAAACGUCGAGCCCCCAAGCCUCCUGUGAGCGCAGGCCUAACUGGGAACGAUUCUAUGGAGAAACAAGGCGGACACUCUGGACAAAUUCGGUCCGAUGCUCUGAAGCCAGAGCCGGAAGUUAAUACCCAGGAUGCAACAGGACCUGUGGAGGAGCCGUGGGAACCAGAGCGUGUGUCCACACCGUCACCCCUUACAGCAGCAUCCACUGAUACCAGGCCAGAGAGCCCGAGAGCAGAGGCUGGAGAUUCUGCCACCCAUCCUGCUGGGUUAAAGACCCCUGUGCGGGCAUGGGUCUCACCCACAGAUACAGUACAGUCCGCCGCCCCUCAAAGCAGCAGUGGAGGGCCAAUGUCAGCGUUACGCAGGUGAGACCGAUUUUGUCAAUUGUUUGCUGUAGUUUGACUAAUGUCAAUGUUAUCCUUUAACUUGGCAUAGGAGUAUUGAGCGCCGUCAAAUCUCUUGAGGAAAAGAGAAAUGGGUCAAGCAGUGUCAGCCAAUGUGAGAAACAAUACACAUCACACAGCAUGUCUUGAUUGUUUGAUCAAGCAAAUAAUGAUUUUUUUUUUUCCUACCCUUCAUCUGUCAACAGUGACCUGCAUCUGCUUUAUAUUUGGAAAUGUAUUUCUUGGUGUUGCAUUAUCUGCCGUUGUGGUGUGCGUCAUGCAAAGUCAUUCUUUACACUCCUGUGUGCUAAAUCAUCUUAUCUAUCAUUUAAUUUGGGUAUUCCGGAUGCAUUCUUGGUAUAAUCUGUCACAGCUGCACCAUUGUUUUCAGUGUUUCCGUAUCUCCCCAGUGUCUGCCUAAUCUUCAUUUGGCUAAAGCACACAGCAAAGAUGUAUAUGAAGGCCACGAAAGGUUAAUGAAAAUGGCAAGGUCCAUGUGCAGCUGCAUACACUGUGUCUGAUGCUCCAUUAUUUAU